UAGGUAAAUGUCCAGGUUGUGGAUUCACUCCAAGAACUGGUAAAACUCGUGAUCUGAAUAAACACAUGGAUUUAACACGAUCCAGACCAUGUCAAGCUCUCUUACAACUAACACAAGUGCAAAAUACACCUCAGGUAAAAAAUGCUACUCCAGAGCAAAAUCCAGUAUUGACCCCGGAAGGUGAUCUCAUAUCAUUUAAUAAAAAUCCAUCAACGCACCAUCCAAGAGAGGCAAGAGAACUGGCUAUCAACCUUUUAACUGGAGAUAUUCCGGAUAUAGAAGUUGAGUCAGCUCCUAAUACCUAUAUAGACCAAAAAAAAUUUAAUUUAAUGGAGUCAGAUGAUAAUAAAGAUAGUGAACCAAGCGAUUCAGAAUAUGAUACAGCAGAUAAAGAUCCAGAUGUAUAUUUCGAAAAAAGAAAAGACCCUUAUAUUAAUAGAAAAUCAAAAGCAGAAAAUUUUAACGAAGGUGAGGUAUGUGAUUAUUAUGUAUUUGUACCAAAAGGUUAUUAUACAGAAAAUGAGCCAUUAGGCUUUUUUGAAUCAAUCGAAGAAAAGAUUGGUGAUAUAUAUAAAAGAGAGUUAGCUCUAAAAGGAGAGUUAAAAGUGAGAAUUGUAUUAAUAGCAUAUAUGAAGAAAAUUAUGCCAGAAUCUCCAGAGCCAACAUUUAAAUCAAUUCCAUUCAAACAUAAUACAAUAGAAAUAAUAAGAGAAGAUAGAAUUAAUGCAACUAUAGAAAAAGAAUAUAAUGAAAUUAUAGAUGAAAUAGAAGAUGAAGCAUUACAAGAAAAACCACCACACCUUAAUGAAAUUCAAAGACUUAGACGUAAUGCAAAUAUUGCUAAUUUUGAAGGUAUAAAAUUUCCAGCAACACUACAUGAUGUUAAUAAAUUCGAGGAAAAUAAUCCAAACUAUGCUAUAAAUAUAUUUACACCAUUUUAUAGAGAAGCUUUCGGAAAAAUAAUAGUAGAUAUAGACCCAUUACAUAUUUCAGAACAAAAUUACCAAGUAGCACAUAUGAUAGAUUUAUUAUAUUUAACAGAAGAUUUUGAGCGAUUAUUGCAUAAGUGGAAUAAUCAUCAUGGAAAGAAAUACUUUUGUCGAAAAUGCUUGCGAUUUCCAUAUAGUAGAUUAGAUCUAUUACAAGAACACAUUCCUAAAUGUCUAGGUCCAAGUAAAGCCUCACAACAUUUAAUUCUUUCAGAAGAAGGUAAUAAUUACGUAAAGCCUAAAUAUAUCAAAAAUAUAAUGAUAAAACCUUAUUUAAUUAGUAUGGAUUUGGAAGCUGAAGAGAUAAAAGUAGAGAAAGAAGAUAAAGAAGGAAAUACUAUAAAAGAAGUUGAGCAAAAAGUAAUUUCAUACGGAUAUACAAUACAUUGUUCAGAUGGAAAAACUCAAAAACCGGUAAUUAAUCGAGAAUCAAAAAACGUAAUAAAGGACUUAAUGUAUAAUCUUCAAGAAGAUCUAGAUGUUAUUUUAGAUAAGCUCUGUGAUCCUCUUCCAUGUGAAAAAAUGACACCAAAAUUAUGGAGGCAGUAUCAAACAGCAAACAAAUGUUGGAUAUGUGAAGAAAAAUUACAUGAAUCAGGAUAUAAUAAAAUUCGAGUAUUUGAUCCAGAAUCUAAAAAAUAUUUGGGUGCUUCGCAUAGAAAAUGUCACGGGAAAAAACCAAUGAUUCAAGGUAAGUUAGAUGAUGAACAAAAGAAAGUUCAUGGCGCGUGUAAAAAAUGUAUGUAUUGUAAAACACAAUUGCCAGAUGAAGGAAAAAAUAGGGUACUAGAUCAUGACCAUAUCACAGGAAAAUUUCGAGGAGCAUCACAUAAUGAAUGCAAUCUGAAAUUACGAAUCGAUCCAGAAACAAUAAAAUUCCAGUACUAUUAUGUAAUGGGAGUGGCUAUGAUUUUCACCAUCUAA